CUUAGAUUCUAUUUGGAUUUUGUAUUGUUUUGAAACAUUUUAUAUUCGUUUUUAAAUUUAUCGUUUUAGUGAAUUAGGUAUGCCUGCCGAUCAAAUCCAGUACUCUGAGAAGUAUUACGAUGAGAAAUUCGAAUACAGGCACGUUAUAUUACCAGCCGACUUGGCUAAACAUGUGCCAAAGGCUCACUUGAUGACAGAAACCGAAUGGCGUAAUCUGGGCGUACAGCAGAGUCCAGGAUGGGUGCAUUAUAUGAUGCAUGCACCGGAGCCGCAUGUGAUUCUGUUCCGUCGCAGGCGCGUUGAUGAAAAGCCACAGCCACAGGUGGCCACGCAAACACAGACGGGUGCCGGGCCAGCUACUGCCAACGUGUGUGGCUAGUGUUUUCUCAAAGUCUAUAAAGAGCCAAGAGGCUAUUCCAUCGAUAGUAUUCCAUAAGAUCAGACAUUCUGAUGUAAAAUAAGUUUCCCAAUUCAAUAGCUUUAGAGGAUCAAACUGGUAUUAGCACUAAGUGGACAAUUUUCCGAUAAGUUCCUGUUAAUUUCAUUAAGGUUAUUAAAACUAAAAAAAAAUACAAUAUCAUGUGUACGCCAAAAGUGUACAAAACAGACUAAAA